UCCAUGGAGCAACGGUUAGCGGCGUUCCGGGCCUCCCGGAAGCGAGCCGAGCUAGAGGGAGGGCCCAGCAGCUCGGGGAGGAGCGGAAAAGCUCCGGGAGAGAAUGUGGCGGCUUCCCCGUCGCCGUCUCAGGCGCAAGGGGGCCCGGGCGGUAGCGCUAAGGAAACACUUGAGACUCAAGGAAGCCCACUACAGAAUCCAACAGCUGUUUCUUCAUCACGAUGGGACCAAUUCUUUCUCCCUAAUGUUAUAUUCUUGAAGGUGGCACUUUGGUUGGUCUUACUGGGACUGUUUGUAGAACUAGAGUUUGGCCUGGUUUAUUUUGUUCUUUCCCUGUUUUAUUGGAUGUAUGUCGGCACCCGUGGUCCUGGAGAAAAGAAGAAAGGAGAAAAGAGUGCUUACUCUGUGUUUAACCCUGGCUGUGAACCCAUCCAAGGAACCCUGACUGCAGAACAAUUUGAGCGAGAAUUACAAUUUCAUCCCCUGGCUGGGAGAUAGUCCUUGUUCUCCUGAGUUUUCUGCCACUUCGGUAUUCUUGGGCUGUCUAGCUCCUCUGAACCCAGACUGGAAUUAAUAUGGGCAAUCUUUUGUCCAUGAGUGGUAACUUUGUUCUUGGAAUUCCAUUUAUCCAUCCAUUCACCUCUUUUUUCCUGUCUGCUGUUAUAGUACCAAUGUAUUUGUUUUCAUUUCCAUCUUUAAAUUUUCUUUUUUUCUGAGAGUCACUAAAAUCCAAUAUCACAAUUGAUCUGGUGUCAUUUCCAAAAAUAACAUCUUUAAUAAAAACUUCUCUUUCUGAUA